GCCAAUAUGCCAGAAUGGGUCCACUGCGAUAUCUAUUUCUCUGUGGACUGCUCUUCUACACCCAAACACACGGAUCGCGCCUGCGCCAGGAGGACUUCGCGCCCCGCAUCGCCGAGCACCCCUCUGACCUCAUCGUGUCCAAGGGGGAGCCGGCCACCCUCAACUGCAAGGCGGAGGGCCGGCCCGCCCCCACGGUGGAGUGGUACAAGGACGGGGAGCGGGUGGAGACGGACCGGGACAGCCCGCGCUCCCAGCGCAUGCUGCUGCCCAGCGGCUCGCUCUUCUUCCUGCGCAUCGUGCACGGCCGCCGCAGCAAGCCCGACGACGGCAGCUACGUGUGCGUGGCGCGCAACUACCUGGGGGAGGCCCGGAGCCACAACGCCUCUCUGGAGGUGGCCCGUGAGUACCUGACGUAG